CAGGUAUUUAGGUCAGGUUAGUUCAGUUUUAUCUGCUUUGCACUUUCCGAUCGAUAAUGCUAAUUCCUGGAGUCGCCCGCAUUUCUGUUCCACGCAAGAUGCGGGUGGAUCUCGCUAUAUAAAGACCACCAAUUGUGGAGCAGGAGUCAGGUGAAGCUUCAGUCGCAUCAGCAUGAGAAUUAUUACAGUCCUGUCCGUUUCGCUCUUGGUGGCUCUUGUGGCCAUCAGCCAGGCAGACGACAGUAGUCCAGGAUUCUUCCUAAAGAUCACCAAGAACGUACCGCGGCUGGGCAAGCGAGGCGAGAACUUUGCCAUAAAGAACCUAAAGACCAUUCCUCGCAUAGGACGCAGUGAGCACAGCUCUGUGACUCCUCUGCUGGCCUGGCUAUGGGAUCUGGACACGAGUCCAAGCAAGCGCCGCUUGCCCGCAGGGGAAUCAGCAGCAAAGGAGCAGGAACUUAACGUGGUGCAGCCCGUCAACUCGAAUACGCUCCUUGAGCUACUCGACAACAACGCUAUACCCAGCGAGCAGGUGAAGUUCGUCCACUGGAAGGACUUCGAUCGUGCCCUCCAGGCAGAUGCGGAUCUGUACAGCAAGGUUAUCCAGCUGGGACGCCGUCCGGACCAGCACCUCAAGCAGACCCUCAGCUUCGGCAGCUUCGUUCCCAUCUUCGGCGACGACCAGAAUCCGGACUUCAUGAUGUACAAAAACAACGAGGAUCAGGAACUUUACGGCGGGGGAAAUCGCUACGGUAGCCAAUUCCUCAAGUACAACAUCCUGUGAGAGGUGAAGUAUUCGAUUUGAAUAGGGACAAAGGAAUAUGACAUUAUAAAUAACUUACCAGCA